AUGGCUCGUGUAUAUUGUCCUGGAAUGUUCUUCGGCCCCGACGAAAGAGAUGGGGAUGAGAUUGCCUUGCCCAAAACACCGAUGAGAGACAAGUGGAGAGACGGGAAGAUGGGGCUCAAGGCUUGCGUUGUCGGUCUCGUCCCGUGUCUGCUGCCGUUGCGGGUCGAGGUCGAGGUCGGGGCUCACCCCCCUUGGUCUGCACCUUGGACGAGAGCUGAGAGCCCAGCCCUGAGCAGUUACGAAGGGCAGGUUGCCCAUCUACCCAUUUCAUCACUCUUCCGCCCACCCAUUCCUCAACAGCCCCAGAUCGUCACACUAUCUACGCCCCCUCGGGCGAGGCAAGGGCUCCUCGCCCUCUCCGAAAGAGAUCAGCCCUUCGGCCUCGUUCCUCUUUUCUCGCCAGUGAUCUUCCAUGACGUUUUCUCAGACUUGAAAAUUCUUCAGAGCAGGGUACGCCCGUGGAAGAACCUCGGGCACUUCCGAUCUCCCUCCCCCUGCUCGCUGAUGGAUGAGCAUAUCAGUCCAUUUUGGGGAGUUUCAUCACUGUCUCUUGGGUCUUGGGUCCUUUUUGCUCUCGUCACCCUCGUCACCCUCUCCCCCCCCCACCGCUCAGUGAAUGACCCGCGGAUGUGUGGACCAGGGCCCGGGAUCCUGGUCCUGCUCAAAGCUGACAAGCCUCUUCCCUUUCCUCCCGAGAUCAUUACGUGCGUUUCGACGUGCUACUGCAAGAGGUGAAAGAUGGGAUAACAAUGCGAAUGGUACAGUACAUGUAAACAACAAAGACGGGGAAGUUUCCGGUUCAAGGCCAAGCACGCAUCCUAACAAAGAAACGAGUCUUCAUCUUUUUCUCGGAUCUGUAAUAAUAUGCCCGACAUGGACAUCGACAUGGACC